UACCUAAAGCCUACACAUGUGAUAAGGAGGAUUGUUUAUCAAGUAAAGAUGAUUUCUACAGAGUGCCCCCAAAUUCAAUCCAAUGUGUUAAACCAAGAAAACCCCACCUCGAUUUUGAAAAGAAACCAUAACCAUAUUGAUUCUUUAUCAGCUGAUUCGCGAAACACAUACAUACUCUUUUUGCAUAAUUCGUUUGUUUCUUUUAUUCUGGGUGGAGUCCGUGAACGCGUCAGUGUCAAAGUUGAUGCUUUUACUUGAAGAUUUGGGCAACACUUAAUUGCUCGAGCGACUUUGAUGCGUGCGUAAUGUAUGUUUUUAGUUUAUUAGUUUUUGGCCAUUUAUUCUGGUUUGUGUAUUCAUUUUCUCAUCGGUAGAAUUGCAGGGUGUAGUUGCGGAUAGGUUUGAUUGUUGCGUUUGACUUGUUUAUCGAUUCGAGUUACUGGAGAUAUUGAACGUUUGAGGAAUUUGGGAGCUAUUGGGGAUUCGAUUUGAGGGGGUGGGAUUUUCCUUUCUGGAACUUGUUUUAGUUUUACUUUCUUUUCCUAAUGUUUUUAGCUUUGAUUCGGAUGCUUAAGGAGCUGCAGAUUGUACUAUUAUUAAUGUGAAAUGAAAAGAUAGUCCAGUUGAUGCUCUGGGGAAGUUGAACACUGAAGGAGAAUUUGAACUUUGAGGAGUCUGUUGAGUUGGUUCUCUAGUUGAUCUCUUGUAGAUACUUUAGGGCUCUGUUAUUGUGAGAUAAAGUUAUCAUGAUGGAUGAGGCUCCGUGUAGCUCUAACUCGGUGGCGCCUUUCCUUGCUAAGACGUAUGAGAUGGUGGAUGAUCCAUCUACGGACUCGAUUGUAUCUUGGAGUCAGAGUAACACAAGUUUCAUUGUGUGGAACCCUCCAGAGUUUUCCAGGGUGCUUCUGCCCAGAUACUUCAAGCACAACAAUUUCUCCAGCUUUAUUAGGCAGCUAAAUACAUAUGGUUUCAGAAAAGUCGAUCCUGAACAAUGGGAAUUUGCGAAUGAAGGUUUUGUUAGAGGAAAGCUUCACCUUUUGAAGAAUAUCCAUAGACGGAAGCCUGUUCACAGUCACUCAACACCGAAUCUGGUUCCCUUACCUCCCUUGAGUGAGUUAGAAAGGAAAGGAUAUAAAGAGGAUAUUGAGAGGCUCAAGUGUGAAAAAGAAUCGCUCAACGUGGAAUUGCGUAGACACAAAGAGGAGAAACAAGAUCUUACGUUGCAAAUGAGGGCUCUGGCUGAACGCGCACAAAAUGUGGAACAACAUCAUGCAAGUAUGUUAUCCUCUUUGGCUGAGACAUUGCACCAACCUGAUCUCAUGCCGCAAAUGGAAGUCCAUGAUAGGAAGAGAAGGUUUUCUGGAAACAGUUACUUAUGUAAAGAAACCAGCAAUGAAGAUAGUCAGCGGCCAUCUUCACAAAAUUUGUCACUGGACAGUUUAGAUGCUGAUGCACUGUUGACUUUAAACAAGGAACUGUUGGAACAGAUGGAUUCAUCUAUGUCGUUCUGGGAGAAAAUAAUUCUUGAAGUUGGUGAAGACUUGGGAAAAUCUGAUUCAUCCAUGGAGUUGGUUGAAUCAACGAGCUGUGCGCUUAGCCCCAGCAUAUCUUACACCCAACUCAAUCUUGAUGUUGGAGGAAAGUCACCAGAAAUUGACAUGAAUUCUACACCUAGAGCUGUUAGUGCUCCAGAGGUGCAACCUCCAACUGGAGAAAAGGCAAUAGUGACAGCAGCCAAUGUACCAACAGGGGUGAAUGAUGUAUUUUGGGAACAGUUUCUUACAGAAAAUCCUGGCUCAAACAGUUCAUCUGAAUUUCAGUCAGAGAGGGAUGCUGAUGGCAAGAAGAAUGAAAACAAACCAGGUGAUCAUGGGGUGCCCUGGUGGAACAUGAGGAGUGUAAAUAACCUUGCGGAACAGUUGGGCCAUCUUACUCCAGCGGAAAAAACUUGACCUACAGUAGGUUCCUCUUUUUGAUGAUAUCUUAUGCUUCUGGCCGUUGAUUUAGAGAUGACGUUUGAUUACGAAGUAGGUAGACAUUCACUAUAUAACCUCGCCUCCUGCACAUAUUAUCAUUGAACUUGUGCUGCUUUUUUUGGUUUGUACACAUUGUUAUUGUUGUACAGUAGAGGAAUGCUUGACUUUUCGAGUUUGUGUUUGCGUGCAGAUAUACUGUUUCUGAGUUUUUAUGUCGAACUCCUUUCUUAUUCCUGGUUUGAGCAUACACAUUGUAAUGAAUGUGCGACAUGUUACUUGUCGUGGAGAUGAAAGAUGCGUGGUUCUUUAAUGUAUAUGAGCUGCACUUUUUGCUGCACUUGUUUCUAAUCAAAUGCCAAUUUUUUAUUUGA